CUCCUCAUUUUGACACACAGCACGCAGGAGCAGAUUCGGCAGUCGGAACCACAACUUUUUUUGGGUCACGGCAAAAAGUAAACCAAAAAAAAAACUAUCAAGCUUGGUCGAUUACAACUUCAUGCUUUUCUUCCUAUUCUAGUUCUUUUUUUUUUUUUUGCAAGAGGACUUUUUUUUUUUUUUUUUUUUACUGAGUUUAUUUUAUUCCUGACACCUGUUGAUCGGAGCGCAGCAGUUCGGGUUCGUAUUAAUCUUGACGUUGGACUUCUAAGGACUUCCCGAACCCUCCCUCAGCGGAGACUCGUUCUGAUCACUUCUGCUGGUCAUAAUUGGACUGUUGUGCACGGGAAAAAAAAAGAGGACUUUAAGGCGAUACCUGUCAAAAUAGAGGCACGGCAAUACGUGGGUUUCUGCCUCGCAGUUUCAACACUUUUUUUUUUUUUUGCACCUUUCACAAACUUCUUGGAGGUCACCAAAAGGAUUCGGGCACACAAGGGAAGGGCUCACGAGGCCGCUGUAGUCUGACCGCCCGAGCUCCAGGGCACCGGGGGGAAAUCAGGCAAUCUGGCCCAGCCUCGGUGCCCCUGCUGGGUCUUCCUGCUGAGGGAUUCGGCCUCUCCCAAGGCUCCAGUCAGGUGCCAAAUGAGGCCUGGCGUAUAGCUGAGGCUGCCGAGCGCAGCACUUUCCCCGGCAGCGGGCGGCGAAUCAUGGACCGCAAAGGGGUCGGGGUUCGGCACUUGUUCCUGCUGCUGGUCGCCCUCCUCGCCGGAACCUCGCAGUUGUUAGUGGUGGACGCCAACUCGUGGUGGUCAAUGGCGCUGACCCCCAUUCAGAGGCCCGAGAUGUACAUCAUCGGUGCUCAGCCGCUGUGCACUCAGCUGUCCGGCCUCUCCCAGGGUCAGAGGAAGCUGUGCCAGCUCUACCAAGACCACAUGAUGUACAUCGGAGACGGAGCCAAGACGGGCAUCAAGGAGUGCCAGUACCAGUUUCGACAGAGGAGGUGGAACUGCAGCACAGUGGACAACACGUCCGUUUUUGGACGCGUCAUGCAAAUCGGCUCCAGGGAAACGGCGUUCACCUACGCCAUCAGCGCCGCCGGCGUGGUCAACGCCAUCAGCCGGGCGUGCCGCGAGGGCGAGCUGUCCACCUGCGGCUGCAGCCGGGCGGCGCGGCCCCGCGACCUGCCCCGCGACUGGCUGUGGGGCGGUUGCGGCGACAAUGUGCACUACGGCUACCGAUUCGCCCGCGAGUUCGUGGACGCCCGGGAACGCGAGAAGAACUUCCCCCGCGGCUCGGCCGAGCACUCGCGCACCCUGAUGAACCUGCAGAAUAACGAGGCGGGGCGACAGGCGGUGUACAACCUGGCCAACGUGGCCUGCAAGUGUCACGGCGUGUCGGGUUCGUGCAGUCUGAAGACGUGUUGGCUCCAGCUGGCCGACUUUCGGCGCGUUGGCGAGUUCCUCAAGGAGAAAUACGACAGCGCCGCCGCCAUGCGCAUCGGACGCAGGGGCAAACUAGAGCAAGUGGACAAGCGCUUCAACCCCCCGACCCCGGAGGACCUGGUCUACAUCGACCCCAGCCCGGACUACUGCCUCCACAAUGAAACCACGGGCUCGCUGGGCACGCAGGGCCGCCUGUGCAACAAGACGUCGGAGGGCAUGGACGGCUGCGAGCUGAUGUGCUGCGGCCGCGGCUACGACCAGUUCAAGAUGUACAAGCACGAGCGCUGCCACUGCAAGUUCCACUGGUGCUGCUACGUCAAGUGCAAGCGCUGCACCUCGCUGGUCGACCAGUUCGUCUGUAAAUAACGGCGGGUGUGGCGGGGGGGGGGCGGCAAGUGGUUAGGGGUUCGGGAAUCAGCUGUCAACACGCAAGAUUUGCUAACCGCCGCGCCAGCCGUUUGGAGUCAUUUCCUGUAUGGGCCCUUCCUGCUUUCGUAAACCCAAACCCCCCCUGGCGGAACAACUGGAUCCAAAAUAGGGACACGGGUGACUCCAAUGAAUAAAAUAUAUUACGAAAUAAUAAGUAGACUGUUUAAAAGAGACACUUUGGAUCAUCUCCUUUGAUUCUGGCCUGCAAGAGUUGAACGUGCUGACUGCCGCGCGUUCCCGAAUGCUACGAGACCAAGGAAUGGCUCGGCGAGGAUCGGAGGGAGUCAUUCUUCAAGGCACACUUAGGCGUAGAAAUACUGUAACGAAAAUGGGGACACUCCAUUAAACACUCCAUUUGUCUCCGCGUAACCGGCAGAGAUGCCAGCUGCCACGACCCGACGAGUCGGCGAGCGACGGCGGUUAACGAGGCUUUUGUCCCCGCCUGCCGCCAUCUUUGCCUCAGCCCGGGCGUGACCUUCACGGGCGGGGAAAAGGCGCGAGGGGGCUUACGAAGCGCCAUUAGCGAAGAUUGAUGACGCCGUGGCGAAAGAUACUCUCCUACCCCGACUCCCGUGAAUGCUAACGAGGAGUCAACCGAGCUUGACCGAGACGUCUUCCUUUUUUGGGCCCGUCGCCAUCUCGCUUCCAAAAUUGAUCCUGCUUGACUUUGGUGGAAAAGAAUUGGUAGAUAUGAAGAAUUCAAUCCAGUCUGAUGAUGAUAAGAGACUGGAAAAAAAAAAUGAACGUCUGUGUGUGGCAAAAAAAAAAAAAGGAAGAAAAAAAGAACAGAACGGACUGCGAUUUAUUAUGAGCUACUUUAAAAGAAAAUUAGAUCAUAAGAGAAAGUAUAUAUUUUAUUACUGUCCUGUUUUGUAUGUUUGAUACGUAUUCUUUUGAUAAACUAGUCUUUGGAC